AUGGCACCGAAAUUUAUCACCAAGAUUAUUAGUUAGCCUCCAUAAUAAGAGCAACCAGAUACUAAAUUAUCACAAACACAAAUUUUGAAUUAAUUAUUCGAUUAAAAAGUGGAUUAAAACUCUAAGAGUAGAGGUUGUAUCACUUUAAGAGGGGAAAUGUUCAAUGAGGAAUAACAAUAUUUUAUGGCUUAAUUAACAUCAAUAUGUGAUGUGAUAUGCUUGAGUAGAACAAAUCAAACUAAUCUGCCAAAAGGAGUACAUCAUUUACCAUUUUAAACAGAUGUUGGAUGUAGUGCAAUAGUCAGAUCACUCAAGCCUAAAUUCCAUAUUGAUGAUUAAUAAUAUGAAAAUUUACAUAAUUUUGUUAAAAUAGUACCAUGGUCAAUGA